UGCAGGCUUAAGAAUGAGCUUGACCAGCGCGCUUCGCACCAUAGUCACCGAACCAUAAGUAUCAGCAAUAAGAGCGUAAAAUAAUUACGUAGUCCUCUUUUCUUCAACCAUAAGGUUUACUUCUCAAUACCCACAUCAAAGUGUACAUUAACCCCCAAAAACACCCGCGAAUUUUUCUAUCUUCUUUGCGCUCCAAUCUCGUUCUCGAAGCUCGUCGACACGGGCCGUACAGUUCCCUGAUUCUCAAGGAUGAGGCAUGCAAAGGAAGAACCAUCAUGUAGUGCUGCACAGGCCAUUGACUUAAUAUCAGCGGUGAAGGAGUUACAUGGGCUUAGCUCUCAGGAACUUACUAAAUUAUUGAGGGAUUCAGAAAAUUUUACUAUUCACUACCAUACGGAAAAAGGAUCACUGAUAAAGAUUGAUAUGGACAAGCUUGCAGCCAUUCUUCCUUUGCACCUUCUUGGAGUUCUUAUGUCAUCUGACAGAGAUGAGGCUCUGUUCGAAUACAUGCUGCGUGGUAUUCGGCUCUUGCAUUCCUUGUGUGAUUUAGCACCCCGGCAUGCUAAAGUUGAGCAGAUUUUGCUAGAUGAUGUAAAAGUGUUGGAACAGCUGCUGGACCUGGUGUUUUAUUUACUUAUCAUUCUUGGUGGUUAUAGACAGGAAAACCAUAACUUUGGUAAUAUUCCCCUUAGCCUUAUGCAUUCCGCACUUUUGACAAGCAGUCUAUAUCUAUUACCAGGAUGCAUAUCUUCACAGUGGCAAGAUCUUGUUCAUGUAUUGCUUGCACACCCUAAGGUUGACAUGUUUAUGGAUGCAGCUUUUGGAGCAGUUCGCACAGCCGUUGGAUUUCUUGAGAUCAAGCUGUCAGCCCACCAUGCUGAUUUCUGUACGAAUUCAAAUCUGACUGCUGAACAAGUAGUUAACUAUUUAUGCCUGCAAUGUGAGGCUUCUUUACAGUUUCUUCAGUCAUUGUGUCAACAAAAGAUGUUUCGGGAGCGCCUACUCAGGAAUAAGGAGCUAUGUGGAAAGGGUGGGGUUCUAUUUCUAGCUCGAGCCAUCUUGAAGUUAGAUGUACCACCUUUAAUGGGUUCCUCCAGAUUUGUGGCUGCUCUCUCUAGGAUGAAAGCUAAAGUCCUAUCAAUUCUGUUGAGUCUGUGUGAAGCAGAAAGCAUUUCUUACCUGGAUGAAGUUGCCAGCUCGCCAGAAAGCCUGAAUUUGGCAAAGUCUGUUGCCUUAGAGGUUCUUGGGCUUUUGAAAACUGCACUUGGUAGAGACCCUGAGCAUCUUGCUUCCUCUUCUGGCAGAAGUUACCCAAUGGGGUUUUUGCAACUCAAUGCAAUGCGUCUUGCUGAUAUCUUCUCUGAUGAUUCUAAUUUUCGAUCUUAUGUUACAAUACACUUUACUAAAGUUCUGACCGCAAUAUUUUCACUCCCUCAAGGAGAUUUUUUAUCUAGCUGGUGUUCGUCUAAUCUCCCAUUGAGGGAAGAAGAUGCUAGUGUUGAGUAUGAUUCAUUUACAGCAGCUGGAUGGCUUUUGGAUAAACGUUCAUCAUUGGGUCUACCCAAUGGAACAAAUUUAGAAUUUACUUUAAAUCCGAAUAGCAUGCCCCAGGGUUCCUAUGAACAUCAGAGAACAUCAUUGUUUGUCAAAGUAAUCGCAAAUCUCCAUUGUUUUGUUCCCAACAUCUGUGAAGAGCAGGAGAGGAACCUCUUCCUUCUCAAUUUUUUGGAGUGCUUGCAAAUAGACCUAUCUAAAUCAUUGCCUGGAUUUUCCUUUAAUCCUGAUGCUCCAAAAGCUGCGACUGUUUGCGAGAACCUCCGUUCAUUGUUAAGCCACGCAGAAUCAUUAAUUCCUAACUUCUUGAAUGAGGAGGAUGUCCAGCUCUUAAGGGUGUUCUUUAACCAGUUACAAUCAGUAAUCACUUCUGGUGAAUUAGAAGAAAAUCGAGUUCAAGAUAACAAAUUUGAAGAGUCAACAUCUUGGGAUAAGUUUUCCAAAUUCAACAUUGGUGAAAAUCAUCAGGAGGCUCAGAGUACAGGGGGAUUCUCAUCACCAUUUCCGAGAAAAGAACCUCCAAGAUCUAAUAACAGAAGAAGUAACUUAAAGGAGGAAAUGUCAGAGAAUUCUGCUUUUCAAGAAGUGGAGCAUUUUUAUGUCAAAAGUGAUCAUAGGGAUCAAGGUGAUUAUGUAAUGAGGCAAAGUAGGAGGGAAGAUAAAGGUAUAUCUGGUAAGCGUGCGUCUGGAGGUUUGAGAGAGAUCGAUAGAGAUGUUCAGAAUGUUGAAACAAGUGGUUCAGAUACAAGCUCUUCAAGAGGAAAAAAUGCUACUGAUCAAAAGGAAAAUGGUGAGUUUUCAAAAUUCAAGAAGCAGAUCAAAGAGGGUGGGUUUGGAGGAAAGCCAGAGGAUGAAAUGGUUAUAAUGGUUCAGUGUGAAGAAAAGCAGCGGAAAAAACGGAAGCGAACUAUAAUGAAUGAUAAACAGAUAACACUAAUGGAGAGGGCCCUCUUGGAUGAACCUGAUAUGCAGCGAAAUGCAGCUUCAAUACAAUUAUGGGCUGAUAAACUAAGUCCUUAUGUACGUCAAAUGAUCCUCAUAUUUGGUAAAUAUAUUUUCCUACAUUGUCUUUUCCAGGGUUCUGAAGUUACAUCUUCGCAGCUAAAAAACUGGCUGAAUAAUCGAAAAGCCAGGCUGGCCCGCUCAGCUAAAGAUGCUCAUGCAACAUCAGACAUCGACAGUGCCCUCCCAGACAAGCAAGGUGGGCCAGGAGCAGUGCCCGGUGACUUGCCAGUUCCAGGUGAAGAUGCUAUUGUCCCAUCAAAUGAGAGAAGAGACCCUCAAAGCAUGUCGAGAACCGGUAGUGGUGAGAAGACGGAGUCUUCCCUGGCAGAAUUUGUUGAUAUUGGCCCUGCAGAGUUUGUUGAGCGCAGGCCGGGCCAGUAUGUUGUGCUUGAAGGUGUCAAAGGAGAGGAGAUAGCUAAGGGAAAGGUGCAUCAGGUUCAUGGAAAAUGGUACGGAACGAUCCUGGAGCACUUACAGAUGUGUGUUGUGGAUGUUACUGAGCUUAAGGCUGAGAGAGGGGCGAAACUUCCAUACCCUUCUGAAAUCGCAGGCACCACUUUUGAUGAGGCUGAAACAAAACUUGGGGUAAUGAGAGUAUUGUGGGGUAAUGAGUAUAUUGUGGGAUGCUAACAGAAUAUUCAUGAAUGCAAGUGAAUGCUUGAUUGAAUGAAUGAUUGGCUGCAGUUUUUGUUGUCUGAAAUUUA